AUGUUGUAUGAACUAUUUCAGCAAUUCAGUAUAGUCACCAAAAUCCACUAUCCAAUAGAUAAAUUAACUAAAUCCCCUCAGGGCUAUUGUUUCAUUCAAUUCAGUGGUAAGGAAGACGUAAAACAUGUGUUAAAUAUAUUCAGUAACAACAGUAAAGGAAAUAAUUAUAAUUCAACUAUUCAGUUAUAUGGUAAACCACUAAGAGUUAAACAAGUUGUAGGAAUUAUUCCAGAUGGUGAUUUGGGCAAUAAUAACAUCACAAAUAAUAUGAUACAACCUAACGCCAUUAUAGUCGUGGAAAACUUAGAUCCCACCAUUACUGUUAAACACUUGAAAAAGAUAUUUAGUAAAUUUGGUCAAUUCUAUAAAGAUCCCAUAAUAUUGUCAUUAAACAAAAAUAAUGCAUCUGCAAUGGUACAUUAUAGGCUUUUCCACAUGGCUGACAAUGCAAUAAAUGAAAUGAAUAAUAAAUUGUUAUCAAAUAAAAUAAUAUCUGUGGAGUACGCUCACAAAGAUGAUUCAAAAAAUGCAAGACAUGGUGAUGAAAUCGAAAGAUUGUUAGAACAGGAAGCAAUAAAAAAUGGCGUUCUUAUAUAG